AUGAAGUUCAUGAAUCUUGCAAGUCUUAUCAAUAAGCUGGGAAGAAGCCACUCCAAGAAGGCGUACGAACAGUUGGUUCAUGAAGAUCAUGACCAGACCCAGAGGACGUCCAAGAAGAAGCAUGGUUCAUCUCCCAAAGUUUCGUCGACGUUCGAUGUAUAUGUGGGCAAAGAGAGCAAGAAAUACCCAGUUCCCCACGAGUACCGUCUACACCCAAAGCUGCAAGAACUCAUCCAGAAGUACCGAGAAUUCGUGUUGGAUCCAAGAUCUAGUGAUCCGAUCGUGCUUGAAUGUUCUACGGAGACCUUCGAACAGGAUGGCAGUGUUAGGUUUAGGUGGAAGGCUGGAAACGAUGCGGUGGAAAGACGAAGGUCGACUUUGUCGUUAUCGGUGGCGGCCGCUAACAUUUUGUGGCUGGCUUCUGCUGCGCAGCACCAUAUUGUGCAUGGGAUUGCAGGGUGUGAUGUUUCUCGGGGGAAUUGGGUUCAUGAUGAUUCAUACCCUCUUUAUGAAGCUUCUAGCUGCCCCUUCAUUCAGAAGGAGUUUAACUGUGUAAAUAAUGGUCGCCCAGACAUGGACUAUCUCAAAUACAGAUGGCAGCCUCUUGGCUGUAACUUACCAAGAUUCAAUGGAAUUGAUCUUUUGAGGAGGCUGAGAGGGAAGAGCAUCAUGUUUGUUGGGGACUCAUUGAGUUUGAACCAAUGGCAAUCUCUCACUUGCAUGCUUCAUACUGCUGUUCCAACUGCCAAAUACACAUCGUUCAGGUCUGGAGGACUCUCCACAUUCGCAUUUCCAGAGUACAAUGUUAAGGUGUUGUUCUCUCGCAACGCCUUUCUGGUGGACAUAGCCGGGACAAGUGCUGGGCGAGUCCUCAAACUUGACACAAUCUCACCUGAAGACCAGAAACUGUGGACAGGAGUUGAUGUCAUGAUCUUCAACACAUGGCAUUGGUGGCUUCACACCGGAAGAAAGCAAGCAUGGGAUCUUAUUGAAGAAGGGGGCAAGAUAAUUGGGAAGGACAUGGAUAGGUUGGUUGCAUAUGAGAAGGCUCUCAACACUUGGGCAACAUGGGUGGACUCCCAUGUAGACCCUGCAAAAACCAAGGUCUUCUUCCAGGGUGUUUCCCCAGAUCAUUCAAAUUCAUCAGAAUGGGGUGAUCCAAAAGCAGGAAGCUGCAAUGCACAAACAAAACCGCUUCCAGGUCCAAGCUAUCCUCAUGUACAUCCAGCAGAGAAAAUAGUAGAGAAAGUAUUACGCACCAUGUCAAAGCCAGUCCAAUUGCUUGAUGUCACAACUCUUUCACAACUAAGAAAAGAUGGGCACCCCUCUUUCUAUGGCCUUGGUGGGCACAGAGCCUCAGACUGCAGCCAUUGGUGUUUAGCUGGAGUUCCUGAUACUUGGAACAUUCUUCUUUAUGCAGCUCUUGCAGGACAAUAA